CUCCAGGCUAUAUAGCCUACACGGAAAUGUCAGAGGAUUCCACACCAAAACACUUGCUACAGCAUUCAACUUGCAGCACGCUUGGUGUUUGCGGACAGGUUUCUGGUGAAAACUGCAUUUGUGGCUGCUAUGUGCAUCUUCAGAUUCCCCUUUCCUCUACACCUGUGCGUCUUUCACUGAGAAAUUGAGAUGGUCCUCCCCGGUCUGUUAGUAAUCCUCAUCUGACAAAGGGCCUGUGCAGGGGAAGAGGAUUGGGGGGUGGCACUCAGCAGCCUGCUCCCGUCCCGGUCACAUCACACCUCUGCAGGAGCAGCGAGGGACCUGCAGAUACGCCGAGAGAGUCAGGGAGAAAAGAAGAGAAACAGGGUGAAGAAGGAAAAGAAAGAGGAGAAAAAAAGAGGAGAGCACGGACACUGGAUCCCACAACAGCAGCAGCCACGGCAGUGCCAGACACACCAGCGACGCUUUCAAACUUCAGAGAAAACUUUUUUUUCUCUCUCUCUCUCUCUCUCUUUCCUUUUUUCCUGCCAUCUGCCUGCAGUGAAGCGUGAGCCGCAGAAGAGGAGCCAGGGACGCACUGUGAGGCUCUGUGAGGACAAGGACCACAUCGAGGACGAGGGCUCUGGUGUGUUUUUCAGAAACUGGACUUGGGUAACACACACCUGGCACCAUGAGUGCAGAGGUACAGGACUACUACAGUUAUGACUAUGGGAACGCCAUGCCCACCAAGCCCCCCAAAGAAAUAAUCCCUCCCUGUGAUCCCACAGCGGACGACAGGCUCUACCACAUAUGCAUUGCAGCAGUGUCCCUGGUGAUCAUGCUGGUGCUGGCGGUGCUGGCCAGGAGGAAGAAGGUGAACGAUAACCUGAGGGGAUUCUCAGGACUGCUCAGCCCAGUAAACUUCCUGGACCACACUCAGCACAAGGGCCUGGCGGUGGCGGUGUAUGGGGUGCUCUUCUGCAAGCUCUUCGGCCUGGGCAUCUCCCCCAGUCCCCUGCCCUUCGUUAAGGACUCGGCCCACAGACAGUACUGGAUAAUUCUUGCCCUGGUCUACUACCCAGCCCUCUACUACCCGCUGUUGGCCUGUGGCACACUGCACAGCCAGGUGGGCUACGUCCUGGGCAGCCUGUUGUCCUGGUCACACUUCAGCGUCCUCGUCUGGCAGAAGGUGGACUGCCCAAGAACACCAGAGAUUUAUAAGUACUACGCCCUUUUCACCAGCCUGCCCCAGAUCGCUUGUCUGGCCUUCCUUAGUUUCCAGUAUCCACUGCUUCUCUUCAAAGGCCUGAAGGGCUCAGACAAGCACGAUACCCAUGAGGACCUGAGGAGCAGCUACUACAGGGAUUACGUGAAAAAGAUCUUGAAGAAGAAGAAGCCAUCCAAAUCAAGCUCCAGUGCCUCAAAACCCAAUUUGUUUGAAAGGAUCUCUGAUGCUAUUAAGUCCUACAUCUACACACCAGAAGAUGCUUUCAGGUUUCCAUUAAAACUUGCCAUUUCUGUUGUGGUGGCUUUCAUUUCCCUUUAUCAGAUGGCUGUGCUGCUGGUCAGUUGUGUAGUGCCAACCCUGCAGAUCGUACGUAGUGGCGUAGACGAGGACAUCGCCUUCCUCCUGGCCGGCUUCAACAUCAUCCUGUCGGAGGACCGCCAGGAGGUGGUCAAGAUAGUCAUCUACUACAUGUGGUGUGUGGAAGUGUGCUACAUCUCAGCCAUGACCCUGUCCUGCCUGGUUAACCUGGCUAUGCUGAUGAGGUCCAUGGUGCUGCACAGGGACAACCUGCAGGGCUUGUAUAGAGGGGACAUCUACAACGUGUUCAACUGCCAGAGGAGCAUCAGGCCAUCUCGGCCGGCGCUGGUCUGCUGGAUGGGCUUCACCAGCUACCAGGCUGCGGUCAUCUGCCUCAGCAUGACCAUCCAAACGCUGGUGUUUUUCAUCUGCCUGCUGUUUGCUGUGUUCCUGGUCAUCAUCCCAGUUCUUUAUGGCCAGAACCUCUUCCUCUUCCACAUCAUAUCAAACAUGUGGCCCUUCUGGCUAAUGCUGAUCCUGGCUGUGUUUGUUCAGCACCUGGCUACCAGGUUCCUGUUCAUUAAAAAGGUUUCCGGAGCACGAGACCUCCACAACAGGGGUAGUCUGUUCCUGAUGACCUACCUGCUCUUCCCCGUCAAUGUCCUGCUGGGUGUGCUCUUGGGCAUCUGGAGGGUGGUCAUCACGGCCCUCUUCAACAUCAUCCACUUAGGCAGGAUGGACAUCAGCCUCCUCAACCGCAACGUGGAGGCUUUCGACCCAAGUUACCGCUGCUAUGCCCAUUACCUGAAGAUUGAGGUGAGCCAAUCUCACCCGGUCAUGAAGGCCUUCUGCGGCAUGCUCUUGCACAUCUGCAGCCAGGACGGUGUGCCACGGACCAGGGAUGCUGAGGAAGGCAUCCAGCUGGUGCAGCAGGAGAAGAAGCAGAAGAAAGUGUCGAGUGCGAAGCGCGCCCGGGGCCACUGGCAGCUGCUCUACACGCUGGUCAACAACCCAUCGCUGGUGGGCUCGCGCAAGCACUUCCAGCGCCAGACCUCCGAGGGCUUCUUUAACGGCACGCUCUGCCGCACCGGCAAGGACGGCAGCAUCCUCAAGGAGCCCAGCAAGGAGGCAGAGAGCGCCGGCUCCAAGUGAGCUGGACCCAGCCAGUGACCCCCGACUGCCCAGCCCAGUCCAGCCCAGUCCAGCCUGACACUGCACUCCAAGCCACCGGGCCUCUUAGUCUCUCACACACAUGCGCGUGGGCCUGCUGUGGACUCCCCUCUUGGCCAUAUUAAAGAUGCUAGUAUUAUCUGUCUGCUGCUGCUGCUGCUGCUGUAGAACUGACCUGCGUUGGGUGAGCUCAAGUGAGUGCGCUCACGUAGCGCAGCGCUUCAGGACAAACUCAGUUCAGUCUCAUGGGGUGGGGUGGGGUGGGGUGUGGGAGUUCAAUCCAGCUAUUUAACAGCUAUGUCCGUGAGACAUUUAGCCGCUAAAUGCCUUGAUUUGACAGUCUCUCUAAAAUGCAGGCAGUGAUUUGGUUAUCUAUAUGAGUGAGCGUACAGCAUGCAUGUAUGCAUGGGUGGGUGAAUGACCUGUAUGGGCUGUGUGUGUGUGUGUGUGUGUGUGUUUGAGACCGUUAUGUUCAGAAAUACACAGCUCGACUAUCAGCAAAUUGGCGUGGCACUGACAUUGUCUCUAACCAUUUCUGUAAGGUUAGAAUAUUUAUGAAUGUACAAAGUGUUCUAUUUUGAAGAUUUAGCUAUUGUUAAUUUGAAGUGCCUAUAAUUUCACACACAAAUUGGUGAAAUGGUCACCAGUUGUGAAAAGAAUAAUAAUAUAGUUAAGUAUGGACAGAUCCAACUAUUUAUAUACUAGAUAGCUUGACCUGUCUGUUUUGUUUGUCAUCUAUUAUUUGUCUUGUGCAACCGUUUUUCUCAUCUCUUACUGUGAAAUUUUAUUUCAACACUGGACACUCUGCUCUCAUCUCUCCUUUGUUCCUUUACUUACAUAUCAGCUUCUUCUCCAUGUUGCUGCUCUUUAUGUGUCAGAACCAUGUCUCACGUUGCUUUUGAGGAAAUCUAGUGAAUUUAUUUGUGAUUAAAAGACAGAAGUGUGAACAAUAAAACUUGAGAUUAUUCUUUAUUUCGGUGAAAUUUGUUCAGAUUAACUGUUAUUUUGAAAGAACAAAUUAAACAAUGCAGCGCUCC